AUGGAGUGGUGCAACGUAGACUGCAUUCAGUUGAUCCAAGAGUAUCAACAAGAAGAAGUAUUGUGGAAUCCAAAACACGCAUUCUAUUUCUCUAAAACCAAAAAACAAGAUGCGUGGGAAGAAAUAGGUAAAAAGCUCAACAAAAAUCCCGAAGAAGUUAAAAAAAAAGCAUUAAGUCUAUUAGGAUCUUAUCGCCGAGAAAAGGCCAAAGGGAAGAAGACCAUGGGGACUGGUACAGGACGAAAAGACGUUUAUGUUUCCAAGUGGUUUGCCUUUGAGGCUUUUCAGUUUUUGCUAGAUCGAGAUGAUCCUCGACCAACUCUCAGUACAGAUAACGAAGAUGUUUUAAACGAGUCGGGAGAUGUGCAUGACAGUGGCGACUUACCAGAAUGUGAAUUAACUCAACAAGAACAAGAAAUUAACCCUGAAUCGUUCUCUAUUCCUGAACAACCAACAAGAAAAAAAAAAAAGACUCAAGUAUCGGAUAAAUGCAUAGAGGAUGCUAUUGAGAUUUUAAAACGACCUUAUCCAACUCUCUCUACACCUGAUGAUUGGUCAGUUUAUGGACAGCAUCAUGCGAAUAAACUUCGCAAAUAUACCCCCCACGCUAGUUCCAUUGUCCAACAUUAUUUUAAUAAUAUAUUAUUUGAAGCCGACAUGGGAAAAUUUGAUCUACCUAAUAGCCAUGUACUUCAACAACCUCAAUAUCCAAAUUUCAACUCCUAUUCAACACCAUCUGCAACAUUUUCUCAAAGCUCUCCAUUGUCAUCAACAACAUCUCCUUAUCACUAUACGCCCGUCACUUCAUUGUCUCCAAAUGAACCACUUCACGAGUUUCAUUCACCAGUACCUCAAACGGCUCAAACUCAUGACUCAGGACUGUACAACCAUACUGAAACUCAGCCAAACUCAUUUCCCUAA